UUUUUGCAACUAGUAAAAGUUUCUUAAUUUUUGUCAGUUUUUUAUAAAAUGUUUUCUUGUAUAAAAAACACAACGUGUAAACCACCACCGUUGUUGAGAAAAACAUUUAAAAUUAUUUCGCGCUUUCCAUAACACAAAGCGGCACUGUGCAUAAAAGACGAAGUAAGACUAUGAAUAACUUUUUGUGGUAGCUGGUGACAUAAAUAAUAAAUCGCUAAGAAUACCUAGUAAAUAAAUUAUUAGCUAGCAAAAAAACACUUUUCAGAUUAACACUGAAAGUUAAUAAAAAAGUGACGGAGAAUUUUUUCUAUCAAAUUUUCUAACAGACAUCUAUAAUAAAUGUAGUCGGUCCGAAGUCAAAGUGAAAGAAUGUUUUCGCUUCUUUGGUUAGGAAAAUGUAUAUUCGAACAUAUCUUUUUCAGUAUUAGAACGAUUUAUAACGGUGAAUUCGAAGGCGAAGAACAGCAGGAGAAUGAAUACAAUAUUUCUUUUACACCGGGACAAGCACCAGGAGCGGAAAUACAUUUGUUCGACAUGUUAAAAACGGAACCCCUGGUAUCUUCAGGAAUGCAAAAUCUAAAUUUGAAAGUAAGUGUUCACGGCACAAAAUUAUCCAGAGACGAUUCACUGCUGGUCUGCACAUACAGUUGCUUCAAUGACCAAAUUUCCAGCACUGGAAACAAGGCAUUUGCUGUUGUGCAAGUUGAAGAAAGUUACGAAAAGCUAAGAAUAUCACUUAGCAACGUAAUAAACGAUGUUGAGCACAUUCAAAAAACAGGAAAAUGUGAUGGUGACACGUCAGUCCAACAAAUUACGCUGUUUAUUGGAGGUGACUAUGAAUUUCUUCUGAUGAGCCUGGGAAUGGAGAGUGCUAACAACAAUCACUCUUGUAUUUAUUGCUACAUCAGCGAAGCUAAAAGACAGGAUCUUAGAAAUAAUGGUGAACAACGAGUUAUGCAUGGAUAUUGGGAAAAAGACAAUGGAUGCGCAAAUCCACCAAUUUUUCCAAGCGUUCCAGUUACAUCAUACAUCAUUGAUGAGCUAAAUUUAUUCUUAAGAAUAAGUGACCAACUGGAAGAUGCUUUAAUCCAAUCAGUUAUUGCCAGAGAUGAGAAAGAAAAACCGCAAAUAAAAUAUGAGUAUGUCAUGCUGGAGAAAAUGCACAGUAUUGGUGUACCCAUGAAAAUUCUGCGAAAUAACAACAAGGUGGAGUGGACAUCCUUAAUGGGAUCCUCCAAAACAACAUUAGUGAAGAAACUUCCAAGUUAUUUCCCAAGUUUUCUUCCAUUGGAACAAGCUUCCGAAACAACACUUUUAUGGCAGAAAUUUGAUCAACUAUAUGAAAAAAUGAACAGGUCAACAAAACUCACUGAAAUUGAAAUCGAUACUUUUGAGAUAGAGGUUGUUAAAUGGGUGGAAAUGUUGAAAAAUAUGCCAGGAUGUGGCUAUGACCCGUCAAUUUCUGUGACACCAUACAUUCACAUCUUUGUUAAACAUGUACCAGACUUACUCAGAAGAUUUGGAACACUAAGACCUUUUAGUGGACAAGGAGUUGAAAAGAAAAAAGACGAGUUUAAAAAGAUCUUUCAGCGCAAAACAAAUAAAUGGGAUGCUUGUGAAUCUAUGUUAAAAGGUGAAAAAUGAUUUACGAGUUUACAGGCAGAAGAUGUAGAGAGAACGAGAAGAAAGUAAUCAACCUACAUAUACCAAAAAAGAAAAGACAUUUUUAGAAGAGCACCAGCAUCAAGCAAUAAAAACUUUUGCUAAUUGAAGAAAUUCUACAAAGUUAUGAAAAAUAAAAUACAUUUAACCGAUGUGUAGACUUCCACAUAUUUCGUAAAAAUCAACUUAAAAAAAUUAAAUACAAUGUUUACACAUAUAGACACAACACUAUGGGUUAGUAAAACGUAUUUCAACAAAGGAUAUGAUAACCCUAGGUAUCAGCCGCUUCUUUUUUGCUAAAACUUCACCAGAGGUAUUUUUGUAAAAAAGCACAUAUACAGAGGAUACAGGAUACAGGAUAGUUAUUGGACCUUUUAGUCCCCAUUUCCUUAAUAAAGACAGAGUCCCACCCUUGACAGAGUUAUGCAGUUAUGCAUGACGGAAGUCCUCUGGACCAUAACAUGAAACAUCUCUGCCCUCAAUUUUACUGUUUUCCUGAAAUAAGAAACGAAAAACAUCAAUGGGGAAACACUAUGUGAUAGAAGCUAGUAUUUCUUUUAAACAGUUUUUUAAGCUAGACAACAUAACUUCAACAGAACACAAUACUGCCAUUUAUUAAGGAGCCGGAUUGGGCCAGUAACUAGGUAGAAGGGAAAAGUACAGUUUAUUUUUAUUUUUACUUUUUAACAUGAUAUCUUGAACAUAAUAUCUUCAGCAUAAUUGUACAUAAAAAAGAAAGAACAGCAAAGAAAACAAACAAAAACUUAAUUAGCCUUUCGUCGACAAGGUUCUCCUUCAGCUCCCAAUUACAAUCCCCUGUUCCACAUCCUUCACACUUUACUAAAUAAACUUUCUGCAGCCAUUCUAAAACAGUUUUUUGCAACUUACAUUAAAAUAUUGGAAGUGAAAGAGGAAAG